AGAUGGGACGUCGACGUCCGUAGAUCUCUAGAUCGUUGAAGUGGGUGAUUUUAUGGGCAUUAUGGCAUCAAUAAAGUGUCUGUUUUACUACUAAAUCUGUGCAAGGGUUUCUGAAUAGUAUAUUACUAACGGAGCAAUAGUAAAUAGAUACAUUAAUUAGGUGAUUUGAUUGGAAUCGAAGUACAUAAGAGUGAGCCAUGAUGGAACUUAGCCACAGCCUAACCCUUAACGAAGAAGCUUUAAAUCAACUUCCCGAGUCCAAAAGGCCAGUGUUCGUUUUUGAGUGGCUCAGAUUUUUAGACAAAGUAUUGAUUGCUGCACAAAAAAAUGACAUCAAGGGAUGUCAGAAGAAGCUUGUGGAACAGCUGAGCCAGCGGAUACAAGAAUGUCCCGGACCUCCGACUCGUCGUCUGGUUGCGCGAUGUCUUGCGACUUUGUUCAGUGUGGGCGACACUUUUCUGUUGUUCGACACUGUCAACAAGUGCAAUGACAUCUUGCGAAAUAAAGACGAUUCCCCGAGCUUCUUGCCAACUAAGCUUGCUGCUAUUUGCUGCAUUGGUGCCAUGUAUGAGAAGCUUGGACGUAUGAUGGGACGAUCUUACGAGGAGACAGUACAGAUCCUUAUCAAGUGCUUGAAAAGUGCAGAGUCCCAGACUCGUAUUGAGAUCAUGUUGACACUUGAAAAGGUUUGCUGCGGAAUGGGGAGCGCCAUUUCCAACAUGCACAAAGAAAUCUACAAAGCCGCAAAACACUGUCUUACUGAUAGAGUAAUGGCUGUCCGCUGUGCUGCCUCCAAAUGUAUAUUGGAGAUGUUGAACCACGCGACGUUCAUGCACACCACGGAGCUGGAGAACCUAGCAACUUUGUGUUUCCGAGCUUUCGACGGCUCCAACUAUGAGGUUAGGUGCAGUGUGGCCAAACUGCUGGGUGGACUGAUCGCUAUCACCCAGCAACAGCAGCCGAAAGCCAACCAACCAGUCGCCCAAAACAAGGCAGCCAAGCCAGUGUCUCUAGAGGAGGCUCUGACUGUGCUGAUGUCUGGGUUCCUCAGAGGCGGCGUUGGGUUCCUCAAGAACACCGGAGAAAUCAUCAAAGGCAGCUCCGGACUCAACAGGGAGGUUCGGGUCGGAGUGACCCAUGCGUACGUAGUGUUUAUCCAACUAAUGGGCAGCUCCUGGCUGGAGCGUAACCUGACCAUAGUUUUGGGUCAUGUACUGGACUUGGUGGCCAAUCCCAAGGCAGCGUCGUCCCAUGUGGACGCAGUUUACGCUCGCAAGUGCAUCAACUUCAUCCUCCGCUCAGUGCUCGGCCGCAUGUUGCCGGAGAAGGCUCAGAUAGCUGCUGUCAAAGAGAUGACGCUCAUUGUUGCCAAACAGAUGACGUCCAUAGAUUUUAACCCAGAGAACGCCAAGGACUGUAAUCAAGAGACUCUGUAUGGCCAACAUCUGCUGGUCUGUGCUCUACAGGAGAUGGCUUGUCUGAUAGAAAGUCUCGGCACCACGGCCAGUAACCUGCUAACCUCUUCCAACCUGAUAGAUGCAGUGAUGGCUGUACUGAUACACCCUUGUCAGGCGGCUAGGCUUGCCGCAGCGUGGUGUCUAAGAUGUAUAUGUGUGGCUGUGCCGAGCCAGAACACACCCGUUAUUGACAGGUGUGUGGAAAACAUAGAGAACAUGAGAUCAUCCCCAGAAGCCAUUGCAGGAUACAGCGCAGCGCUGGCCGCUGUACUGGGGGGAGUCAAACUUUCCCCCCUGGGGGUACCCCACACCAAAGGAAAGGUGAUCUUCAACACAGCAGAGGAGUUGCUUCGUAGCGCUAGUCAGAACAGUCGGCUCUCUCUAAACCGAACACAGUCCGGCUGGCUGCUUAUUGGUGCAAUUAUGGCUCUGGGAGUGCCUGUAGUGCGAGGCUUGUUGCCGAGGAUGUUGUUGUUGUGGAGAAACUCCUUCCCUCGGUCCAACAAGGAGUUAGAGUCCGAGAAAGCUCGUGGGGACGCCUUUACUUGGCAGGUUACUCUAGAAGGCAGGGCUGGAGCUCUGUCUGCCAUGCACAGUUUUCUGCUUUACUGUCCUGAACUGCUGACUGAUGAUAUCAUCAGGAGAUUGCUGACUCCCAUAGAGGCUGCCCUGGCAAUGCUCAUCAACAUCUCUUCGGUAUUGAAGAGCUACGGGCAGCAUUUGAAAGCUCCUGCUGCUAUGGUGAGACUACGGCUGUAUGAAGUACUAUCCUUGCUGCCACCCCAGUCUUUUGAAGGCUCCUACACACACUUGCUGCGACUACUUGUGGCGGAGUUCACGCUGAGUGAGAACUCGGCCAACACUACGACGUCCCAGCUGCGCUCCGUCUGUCACAUUGACGAGUCUGUUAUCCUGGGAUCCUGGCUGCAGGAGACAGACCAUCGCACUAUAGAGGAACAGAUGGACUCUGGUCGCAGAUCUGAUGGCGAACAUUUGCAGCCUAACAGUGCCGCUGGAUCGGGUGCUUUGGAACAUGAUGGCUGCUGCUUGUUCCGUCCCGUCCCUACAGGAGAGAAGAUCCCUGGUCCGUUGCCGCUGGGCGUGGCUGUGAUUGACGCCUCGGUCGUGUUGUUUGGCUGUGUGUUUCCCAGAGUGGCCAACAAACAUCGGCUACAGAUGCUGGAACACUUUGCCGAGUGUAUGAAGGCAGCCAAGAGUUGUCGCGCGGACGCCGUCACUCUCAAUGUGUUUGCGGCUCUGCUCUCAGGCCUCAAGGGGCUCACAGACAAUAAGGCUGGGAUUGGACAGGAUGACGUGAAGAAGAACGCAACUGCUUUGAUUAUUGGUGUGCUGACCAACGGCAGCUCCAUGUUGCGCUGUGCCGCCGCCGAGUGUCUGGGUCGCUUGGCGCAAGUGGUGGGAGACCCAAGGUUCACGGCUGAGCUAGCGCAGACAAGCUUUGACAGGUUGAAACUUGCUCGUGAUGUUGCCAGUCGGACAGGUCACUCGCUCGCCCUGGGUUGUCUACAUCGCUACGUAGGCAGUCUAGGUUCUAGUCAACAUCUGAACACCAGCAUUAGUAUACUACUUGCUUUGGCUCAGGACUUGUCUUCCCCUACUGUACAGGUAUGGGCGCUACACGCGCUGGCUCUAAUAGCCGAGUCUGGAGGACCAAUGUUGCGAGGUUAUGUAGAACCUUCACUCUCUCUGGCUCUCAAACUGCUACUCAACGUCUCCCAGUUCCAUGUUGAUGUACAUCAGUGCAUCGGGAAGGUGGUGUCUGCUCUCAUCACGACUGUGGGACCAGAGCUGCAAGGUAACAGCGCCAGUGUUUGUCUGACGCGCAGCUCGCUGCUGUGUGCGUGUGCCAUCAUGCAGGACCAUCAGGAGCCACUGGUUCAGGCGGAGGCGACAUCUUGUCUUCAACAACUCCAUCUGUUCGCCCCUCGUCACGUCAACCUGUCCUCACUGGUACCAAUGCUUUGUAAAACACUAGCCAGCAAUCACCUGCUGUUGCGUAAAGCCGCUGUUUCUUGCUUGCGUCAACUUACACAGAGAGAGGCAAAAGAAGUUUGUGAACAUGCUUUGACGCUGGCUGGAGAAUACAGGGAUUCUGACUCAGUUGAAGGUCUAGUGAUCACAGAGUCCGGACUGCCCGGUGUGUUGUUCUCUAUGUUGGACACUGAGACUGAUCCACGUAUGAUCAGAGAAAUCCACGACACUCUCACCUCCAUGCUGCAAGUGCUAGCUGCGGACAAUCUGUCCCAGUGGCUCUCGCUGUGUAAAGUCGUGCUCACUGUUGCCACAGACACCAACAGUAUUGGUGAGGGAGACGGUCUGUCAGUGAAAGGCGCAGAAGAGGGAGAUGAAGAAGAAGAAGGUGACGACGACCAUGCAGAGUUCCACACGGGCGAGUCGAGUACUCGUACGUUGGUUGUACAGCCGCGCUGGCCGACCAGGGUGUUCGCUGCGGAAUGUGUGCGACGUAUCGUGGUCGCGUGUCAGGCUUGCCGUAACACACCUGCACACUUUGACCUGUCCAUUGCCAAGGAGAUGCAGUUUACUAAGAGCCGAGGAGACUACCUUGUGCUACACCUGUCAGACCUCGUGAGGAUGGCCUUCAUGGCAGCCACCAGUGAUUGUGAUCCCCUUAGGCUGGAGGGACUACAAACUCUACACCAGAUCAUCGACAAGUUCGCCAAAGUACCAGAACCGGAGUUUCCCGGACAUUUGCUCUUGGAACAGUUCCAGGCCCAGGUUGGGGCCGCUCUGAGACCUGCGUUUUCACCAGAGACUCCGUCACACGUGACUGCCGCAGCGUGCCAAGUGUGUUCUGCAUGGAUUGCUUCCGGUGUUGCCCGCGACCUCAACGACCUCCGACGGGUCCACCAGCUACUAGUGUCUUCCCUCGCCAAGUUACAGAGAGUUUCAGACUCUCCGUACAUAUACAACGAGAGUCUCGCCACAUUGGAACGUCUCUCCAUACUCAAGGCUUGGGCGGAGGUGUACAUCGUAGCCAUGAGUGACACCAGCAAAGAAGGUGACCAAGAGUCCCGAGGCGAGAGUCUACUGUCUCUGGUGCAGCCGGAGCUAGUCAGUCUGUCACGCCAUUGGCUAGCAGCACUCAAAGACCAUGCGCUACUCUCAUUACCUCCAGAGUUUUCCAGCCAGUUGCCCCAUGAUGGCGGAGCGUUUUACACCACAGACACGAUGGACAGUUGUCGCCCCCACUACGCAGCCACCUGGCCCCCGCUACUGCACGCCGCAGCACUCUGGCUCAACGCUAGUGACUUCCACAUCGACAACGACACCGAGACACCCAGCAACCGCUUCCACCUACUGUUUGGUAUCUGCAUGGAAGCUCUAUGUAGUCCAAGGUUGUCCGAGCCUUCAGAAAACACUGUGAUUUGCUUGAAGGCCCUUUACACACUGUUUGAGGGACAGGAGCCGUGUAGAAUGCUGAUGGAAUCAAAAUCACUCUCUAUCGAACUCUGCAACGUCUUGCAUAGACAACUGCUGAUCACAACUGACAGUCCCGAGAAUCAGCUGUUGGUGAUAGAAGUGCUGAAGCAGGUGCUUAAUGCAGCGCAGGACUAUCUGGAUAAGAACAAGAAGAAAACACUUAGAGAGAUGGUGCCAGCCAACCAGGAGUCUCUGGCCCAGCAGGAGGUGGACUUGCUAGGUGAGGGAGGUGUGUUGGGAGAGCUACCUACCGAGAGUUCCCUGGUGUUUGCUGCUCUAGAGGUUUGUCUGUGUGCGCUGGUAGGACAGUACUCUGGACUGAGCCCGACUCCUCCACAUAUCAACACGUCACGACCUCGUCACCACUCUCCUCUGCUUGUGGCUAACACACUUGCCGUGCUGGAGCAGCUGCCUCGGCUGUGCUCACCACAAGGUGCUGUGUCUAUUCUGCCGACCCUGCUGUACCUGACCACCGGUGUGCUGAAGGAGUGUUCGACCAAGAGCGCCAGUGACUCUACAGUGUUGAGCGCCAGCCCGGUACUCAAGGCAGUGCUGCACUGUCUCAUGGUGCUGUGUACAGACAAGUACUGCCGAGAUGAGCGCUCCUCCAACCAGUGGAAGAGUCUGUUGCAGAGCGCACUGGCUAAGAUCAUCGACCUCACCAAGACAGGGUGUGAGGAGACCAAGCAGGAUGAGGUGGCCAUGUUGAUGGCAGUGUCAGUGUUUGUACUACAUGCCCCGCCAGAGGUGGUGUUGGCCCCCAAUCUGAGAUACCCUUGUAUCAACCAUAUGACUCAGUGUGCUCAAAGUUCAAACAUCCAGGUCCAGAUCAAGUGCAUGCAGACUUUCCGCAGCAUACUAGGUCACUCUGCAGCUAACGUCUCUGCGGGGUUCAUCCAUGCUCUGGCGCCCAAGGUGCUGCAGUAUCUGCAUGGUGAGCAGGCUCGGCGUGUGACCACCGACCUUGACCUGGUGCUUACCUUGGAGAGUCUCGGUGUAGUGGAGGCGCUGGUGCGUUUGGCAGAGCCGCAACACCGGAUCCAGAUGUUGAGUUUAUUGGUGCCAAUCUUGGUGGAUUACCUGCUAGAAACUCCAUCAGCCAACAAACAUUUGUGGACCCUACAUGAACAUUGUCUGCAGAUGCUGAAACAGAUCGGCCCUCAAUACCCCCAGGAGUUCAAGUCUAUCAUGGCACAGUCGGCCAACCUUCGUACAAGACUUGAAACUGCAAUACGCAAUAGUCAAACACAGAAACAGUCGCAGACCACUCAACGAACUGCCACGCAGAAAACCAACAUUACCACUCCAACGAUUAAGCUGAAGACUGACUUCCGCAAUUUUACCUCUUAAACACUUUCUUCCUGUGAUUAGAGUUAGCUAAUUAAUCUUUAGAAAGGUUCAACGUGUAGCCUAGAGUAUAUUUAUUGAAUUUUAAUGUUUAGGACUGUAGAUAAUUACCAAGUUGUUUGUAACAUUUUGAAUAUAAUUCUAGACCCUAUACCUUGUAAUAAUAUAAUUAUUUUAAAAACUG